CAGCUUGUUGGAAACAAGAUGGAUCAUGUUUAAAGGUUGAUCAUGGGCCGUCCUCGUCGGUGGGUGUUCAAGCAACAUGCCACCCGCGAGGACCUUCUAUGAACGCUAGUUGCUUACCUAAGCUACCGAUGCCGCAUGCGUACGCCACUGCGACCGGGCGCCUAGUUCCUAUUUUCUAUUCACCGUCCUGCAGGAAAGGUAUUCUGCUGCAGUCUUUGUUGUUUUCGGAGGCCGUCCCGUCGUUCAGCUCUCGUAUCGUUGCAAUCAUUAGCUUGGUCGGAGAUUAUUCUGCGGAGCUUCAAGACUGGUUCUGAAAAUCUCUUUGCAGAUUGCCUUGCAUGAUUGCUUCGAAGUUGAACCGGAAUGGAUUGAGGAGAAGUCUGUUGAUUACGACUCGCAAUCAAUCCACGGUCGUCCUUCUUAGGCUGCCAAGGGCUUCACCGUUGUUCGUUUCAAGUGGAGCUCGUUCAUCGUCUAUCGUUCCCGCCUCGCGCUGUCUAGGCAUUCGUGCUCUAUCCUCGAAUCCUCCUCCGACAGACAAGACCGCUUCUGAACAUGCCCCGGACGCUGUGACUCCAACGUCUUCCCGAAAACCAAAGGUUGACCUCAGACCCGGUCCUGUAAAGCCGCAAAGACCAACAUCAUCUACCGCUGCCUUGCCUAAUGCUGCGUCUUCAUCCGCUCCGAGUUCCAAGGGGAGCCAUCCAACGACGUCGUCAUCAUCCACUUCUACCUCUCUAAUCGAAGCUACCAAGCGUGACUAUGAAGCCGCCUCUCAACAUGGUAUUCUUGCGCCGCCACCUAAGGAUGCUUCGUGGGCUGGUAGCCUUUUUCACCAGGCAAAAGAAUUAUUUAAAUUCUACUGGAGAGGCGUGAAGCUUGUUAACACGAACCGUAUUCGUGCGAGGGAGAUGCAAGAGCGAGUGAAGAACGGCGGUCCACCGCUCACUCGUUGGGAAACGCGGUUCAUCCGAACCUACAAAGACGACAUAGUGAAAUUGGUCCCUUUCGCUAUGAUUUUCAUCGUCAUAGAAGAGAUCAUUCCACUUAUUGUUCUCUAUGCGCCUUUCCUCCUUCCGUCAACAUGUAUCCUUCCUUCGCAGAAGGAACGAAUAGACGACAAGAGACGCGCGCAGCAGCGCACCUACAUGGAGGGCAUGGCAGACGAUUUCCAUGAAAUUUACCGGCGAGCAACUGCGGACAACUCGUUAUCUACAGAUGCAUUGCUGGCUGGUUCAACAACUCCGCUUUCUUUGACAGGUGUCUUGGGAUUGUCUACCUUUGCACCUAGGCCAAUCCGGAUUCGACGUGUCAAACGGCAUUUGAACUUCAUUAGCGAGGACGAUGCACUGCUCAUUCGGGAGAACGGAAUCUUAUCUCUGUCUGAAGCAGACUUGCGAGAUGCUCUAGAGGAACGGGGAUUGUACGAAUCUUUAGUCCUGUGCUUCAUUGCAUAUUUGCUGAUUUUUUUCUUUCACUCUAGGCUCACGGAAGGUUAUUCGACUAAACAACUGCAAUCUCGAUUGAGCUGGUGGCUCGAUCAGGUCAAGCGUAGCAACGCUUCCGCUCCUGCUGACGCAGAUGCCGUUCGAGAGCGGAUUGUGUUAUUGGCGAGAGCGGUCAUCGGGAAGUUUUGAGCUUCCUUCCUUCCCAUCCCACCCCUUAGAUCACGUAUCAUACAAGUUGCAGUAAUGCUUUGAUGCGACUGGCAUUACAUGUUUAAUGCUACAACAGUAUUUCCUUAAAGAUGUCUGCAUCAUCGUAGCGUAGGAAGGUCACAUACAAUUACAGUAGGUACUAUCCCCAUUCAGAAUAUACAGGUAAUUCGGUAGUGUCCAAUGUCGGGAAUCAGUACGGUCACCUUGCUGCGUCCAUGCAUACUUGAAGACGCCAGGCAUUUGCACCAUAUACCAGCGUGGAUCACGUAGGAACGACGCGACUGCGUACGACU